UUCUUCCCCCUGUCUCUUUUCCGGUGAACUGCCAUGGAAGCCGCCCGAAGGAGACCGGAGAAAACUCCGACUCUGGAAGGGCCUGGGCCUCAUCAGCAGCGGCAACUUCAUCACUCUUCGACGACGAAGAAAACUGUGGAUCAUCAUACUCAUACUCAUCCCCCGACCCCAAAAGCUUCAGAUGCUCUUCCCCUCCCUCUCUAUCUCACCAAUGGAAUCUUCUUUACUCUCUUCUUCGCCGUUGCUUACUUCCUCCUCCAUCGCUGGCGUGACAAGAUCCGCACUUCCACCCCUCUUCAUGUCGUAACCCUUUCUGAGAUCGCCGCCAUAGUCUCUCUCAUCGCUUCCUUCAUUUACCUUCUCGGCUUCUUUGGCAUCGAUUUCGUUCAAUCCUUCAUCACCCGUGCAUCCCAUGAGGCUUGGGAUGUCGACGACGAGAAUGAGCAGUUCCUCAUCGAAGAAAAUACUCGCCGUGGACCUUGCCCUGCUGCCUUGGAUUGCCCAAUCCCUCCUCCCAUCGCUGCUCCUGCUCUCAAGAUUGUCGAUCCGGCACUCAUUAUCACGCCGAUGCCUGAAGAAGACGAGGAUAUCAUCAAAUCGGUUGUUGAUGGAACAAUUCCCUCUUACUCUCUCGAAUCAAAGCUCGGGGAUUGCAAACGUGCAGCGACAAUUCGCCGUGAGGCUCUGCAGAGAAUGAUGGGGAGAUCGCUUGAUGGAUUGCCACUGGAAGGGUUCGACUACGCUUCCAUUUUGGGGCAAUGCUGUGAGAUGCCCGUUGGGUAUAUUCAGAUUCCUGUGGGAGUCGCAGGCCCUCUGUUGCUUGACGGAAGGGAGUUUACGGUGCCUAUGGCCACCACGGAGGGUUGCUUGGUGGCUAGUACUAACAGGGGUUGUAAGGCCAUUUACGCAUCUGGUGGUGCCACCAGCGUGUUACUCAGAGAUGCGAUGACUAGGGCGCCGGUUGUGAGGUUCGGCUCCGCGAAACGUGCUGCAGAGUUGAAAUUCUAUCUGGAAAAUCCUGUCAAUUUCGAGACUUUGGAGGUCAUUUUCAACAAAUCCAGCAGAUUCGCUAGGCUUCAAAGCAUCAAAUGUGCAAUGGCUGGGAAGAACCUUUACGUGAGAUUUAGCUGCAGUACUGGCGAUGCUAUGGGAAUGAAUAUGGUGUCAAAAGGCGUCCAGAAUGUCCUUGACUACCUUCAGAAUGAUUUCCCUGACCUGGAUGUCAUGGGGAUCUCUGGAAAUUUCUGUUCGGACAAGAAGCCAGCUGCAGUGAACUGGAUUGAGGGACGUGGUAAAUCUGUAGUCUGUGAGGCAAUUAUCAAGGAAGAGGUGGUAAGGAAGGUACUCAAGACCAGUGUCUCUGCACUCGUAGAGCUUAACAUGCUCAAGAACCUCGCUGGAUCGGCAAUGGCUGGUGCUCUAGGUGGGUUCAAUGCACAUGCAAGCAACAUAGUCUCUGCUAUCUACAUAGCAACUGGCCAAGAUCCGGCCCAGAAUGUAGAGAGCUCUCAUUGCAUCACCAUGAUGGAACCCAUUAACGAUGGAAAGGAUCUUCACAUCUCUGUAACCAUGCCUUCCAUUGAGGUGGGUACAGUUGGUGGUGGGACACAACUUGCAUCUCAAUCGGCUUGUCUUAACUUACUUGGUGUGAAGGGUGCAAACAGAGAUUCACCAGGAUCAAAUGCGAGGCUUUUGGCCACCAUUGUAGCUGGCUCUGUGCUCGCUGGGGAGCUAUCCCUCAUGUCUGCACUCGCAGCUGGUCAGCUUGUUCAGAGUCACAUGAAGUACAACAGAUCAAGCAAAGACAUGUCCAAAGCUGCCUCUUAAGACUAGUGCGAAAGAAAGCUUGCUUUAACAGGACAAGAACCAUACUGAUGAAAUGAUGGAGAC